UUAUGCCUGGAAAGACUAGAGGAGCCGCCUUAUGUACUUCCAACCUAACUACAAUUAGCCUUUCUCUUUUGCCCCUUUGCACCUCCAUUGCUUUUCCUUCAGGAGUUGACCAUCAGCCCAAGCAAUGCCUAGGACACCUAGAAUGUAUGUAUGCUAAUCUCCAUUUUCAGACUCAGCUUGCCCAACAACAGAUGGCUAUUUUGGAAAAUUUACAAGCAUCCAUUACAUAACUGGCUCCUGGGAAGGAAAACCAGAACUCUACUCUCCCAGUCUUAUCUCACAACCUGUUUUUAAGUCACCUGCCCCAAUUCAGUAAAUGA